AGAAGCCACAGCGAUCAGCACGUAUCGCGCUGCAUAUCGGUACUGACGGGAGUCUCCGAAGCGCGCGAUGCAUCUCUCCCCCUCGCUCCGCAACGAGUGCGGGGCAUCCGUGAAGAAAAAGAAAGGAAAGAGAGAAAAAAAGCCAUGAUAUCAUGUCCUCCGCUUCAUUCGUGCGGGUGUAAUUGGAGCUUGCAUAAAUACUUCAACCCUCUUCAUUGAUCGGUCGAGCCAACAUAACAUGACGAUGGUCAAUACCGCGAGCUCUCCCCUCCUUAACGCCAAAAGCACGGUGGUGCGGUAUCACGGGAAGAUUCCGUACGUGCGGCGUCUCCCUGCGGCGGUGGUGGGAAUCAUUCUCGCUGUUAUCGUGGUGAAUGCGAUUGUCUGGGCUGCUGUUGGGGUUGUUUUGCAUUUCAACGGAUCCCUCCUUGCAACCACAGUCCUAGCCUACACCCUCGGCCUCCGCCACGCUCUCGAUGCGGACCACAUCGCGGCGAUCGACCUGAUGACCCGCCGGCUGAUCGCCAGCGGCCGCAAGCCCGUAACCGUGGGGAUGUACUUCUCACUCGGCCACAGCACAAUCGUGAUCAUAACUUCGAUCGCCGUCGCUGCAACCAGCGCCUCGCUCUCGGAGCGCUUCGACUCCUUCUCGCGCGUGGGCGGAAUCGUCGGCACAGGGGUGUCCGCUGGGUUCUUGAUAGUCCUUGCGGGGUUGAAUGCGUUCGUGCUCUGGAAGCUGGUCGUGAAGCUGCGGGGCGUACUGAGAGGUGAGGGGGGCGGCGAGGAGAAUGCCCUGGCAGAGGCCCUCCAGGGCGCUGGGUGUCUCACGAGGGUGUUUAAGGGCGCGUUCAGAAUGGUCGAUAGGGAGUGGAAGAUGUAUCCACUCGGUGUGCUGUUCGGGCUGGGGUUUGACACCUCCAGCGAAGUCGCACUCCUGGGCAUAGCCAGCAUUCAAGCCGCCUCCGGUACCAGCAUCUGGCUAAUCCUCAUCUUUCCACUACUCUUCACGGCGGGAAUGUGUCUCCUUGACACCACCGACGGGGCAUUGAUGUCAGCACUUUACCAGACCUCCACGUUCUCACAGGAUAUCGUCGCAGUCCUCUACUAUAGCAUUUCACUCACCGUGAUCACGGUGCUGGUUGCAGUGGUCAUCGGAACGAUUCAGUUGUUGUCGUUGAUCUAUAAUGUUGCUGAGCCCACUGGACGCUUCUGGGAUGGCGUGGAAAAGGUGGGAGAGUAUUAUGAUAUUGUGGGUGGCAGUAUUGUGGCGCUGUUUUUGGUCGGCGCGAUAGUGAGUGUGUUGGUGUAUAAACCGUGGAGGAGGUGGGAAGAACGGAGGAGGAUCAGAAGGGAGCUUGCAGCGGGGGCGGAACG